AUGGACACCUCCCGCGUCUGCGUGCUCCUGUCUUUGCCCAUUCUGCUGCAGCUGGUGGCCGGGGGCGGCUCGCUGAGGCCAGGCGGGCCGCUGCGAGGGUGCCCGGCGCACUGUCAGUGCGAGCCCGACGGCAGGAUGCUGCUCAGGGUGGACUGCUCCGACCUGGGGCUCUCCGAGCUGCCCUCCAACCUCAGCGUCUUCACCUCCUACCUAGACCUCAGUAUGAACAACAUCAGUCAGCUGCCCCCGAAUCCCCUGCACAAUCUCCGCUUCCUAGAGGAGCUACGUCUUGCCGGAAACUCUUUGACACACAUUCCCAAGGGAGCAUUUGCUGGUCUUUACAGUCUUAAAGUUCUUAUGCUACAGAAUAAUCAAUUAAGGCAAGUACCCACGGAAGCGCUCCAGAAUUUGCGAAGCCUUCAGUCCCUGCGUCUGGAUGCCAACCACAUCAGCUACGUGCCCCCAAGCUGUUUCAGUGGUCUGCACUCCCUGAGGCACCUGUGGCUGGAUGACAAUGCUUUGACAGAAAUCCCCGUCCAGCCUUUCAGAACUUUAUCAGCUUUGCAGGCCAUGACCUUGGCCCUGAACAAAAUACGCCACAUACCAGACUACGCCUUUGGAAACCUCUCCAGCUUGGUAGUUCUGCAUCUCCAUAACAAUAGAAUCCACUCCCUGGGAAAGAAAUGCUUUGAUGGGCUCCACAGCCUGGAGACUUUAGAUUUAAAUUACAAUAACCUUGAUGAAUUCCCCACUGCAAUCACAACACUCUCCAACCUUAAAGAACUAGGAUUUCAUAGCAACAAUAUCAAGUCGAUACCUGAAAAAGCAUUUGUAGGCAACCCUUCUCUUAUUACAAUACAUUUCUAUGACAACCCCAUCCAGCUUGUUGGAAGAUCAGCUUUUCAACAUUUACCUGAACUAAGAACGCUGACUUUGAAUGGUGCCUCACAAAUAACUGAAUUUCCUGAUCUAACUGGAACUGCCAGCCUGGAGAGUCUGACCUUAACUGGAGCACAGAUCUCAUCUCUUCCCCAAACUGUCUGUGAUCAGUUACCUAAUCUCCAAGUGCUAGAUCUGUCUUACAACCAGCUAGAAGAUUUACCCAGUUUUUCAGUCUGCCAAAAACUUCAGAAAAUUGACCUCCAGCAUAAUGAAAUCUAUGAAAUUAAAGUUGACACUUUCCAGCAGUUGCUUAGCCUCAGAGCUCUAAAUUUAGCUUGGAACAAAAUUGCUAUUAUUCACUCCAAUGCAUUUUCUACUUUGCCAUCUCUAAUAAAACUGGACCUAUCGUCCAACCGCCUGUCAUCUUUUCCUGUAACUGGGUUACAUGGUUUAACUCACUUAAAAUUAACAGGAAAUCAUGCCUUACAGAGCUUGAUAUCAUCUGAAAGCUUUCCAGAACUCAAGGUUAUAGAAAUGCCUUAUGCUUACCAGUGCUGUGCAUUUGGUAUAUGUGAGAAUGUCUAUAAAAUUUCUAAUCAGUGGAAUAAAGGUGACAACAACACUGUAGACGACCUUCAUAAGAAAGAUGCUGGACUGUUUCAUGUUCAAGAUGACCUUGAAGACUUCCUGUUUGACUUUGAGGAAGACCUGAAAGCCCUUCAUUCGGCACAGUGCUCACCUUCCCCAGGUCCCUUCAAACCCUGUGAACACCUGUUUGGUAGCUGGCUGAUCCGACUCGGAGUCUGGACCAUAGCAGUUUUGGCACUUACUUGCAAUGCCUUGGUGACUUCAACAGUCUUCAGAUCCCGUCUGUAUAUUUCCUCCAUAAAACUGCUAAUUGGUUUGAUAGCAGUGGUGAACAUGCUCAUGGGGGUCUCCAGUGCUGUGCUGGCUGGUGUGGAUGCAUUCACUUUUGGCAGCUUUGCACAAUAUGGUGCAUGGUGGGAGAAGGGGGUCGGUUGCCAAGUCAUCGGUUUUCUGUCCAUUUUUGCUUCAGAGUCAUCUGUUUUCCUGCUUACUCUGGCAGCCCUGGAGCGUGGUUUCUCAGUGAAAUGUUCUGCAAAAUUUGAAACAAAAACUUUUUCCAGUCUGAAAGCAGUCAUUUUGCUCUGCCUCAUGCUGGCCCUGAUCAUUGCCACAGUGCCCCUGCUGGGCAGCAGUGAGUACAGCGCCUCCCCUCUCUGCCUGCCCCUGCCCUUUGGGGAGCCCAGCACCACAGGCUACACGGUUGCUCUGGUCUUGCUCAACUCCCUUUGCUUCCUUAUGAUGACUGUUGCCUACACCAAGCUCUACUGCAGUUUGGAAAAGGGAGACCUGGAGAAUAUUUGGGACUGUUCAAUGGUGAAGCACAUUGCUCUAUUACUCUUCACCAACUGUAUCCUUUACUGCCCUGUGGCCUUCUUGUCCUUCUCCUCUUUACUAAACCUCACGUUUAUCAGUCCCGAAGUAAUUAAGUUUAUCCUUCUGGUGAUUGUCCCACUUCCUGGGUGUCUCAAUCCCCUUCUCUACAUCCUCUUCAAUCCACAUUUUAAGGAGGAUCUGGGGAGCCUGGGAAAGCAAACCCACUUUUGGACAAGAUCAAAACAUUCAAGCCUCUUGUCUGUUAACUCUGAUGAUGUCGAGAAGCAGUCCUGUGAUUCAACCCAAGCCUUGGUAACCUUUACCAGCGCCAGCAUAGCCUACGACCUGCCUUCCAAUUCCGUGUCAUCGUCAGCUUACCCAAUGACUGAAAGCUGUCAUCUUUCAUCAGUGCCUUUUGUCCCGUGUCUCUAA